AUGCCACAUAAAAAACGUGAAAAUAAAAAUCAUAUCCAAGUUCAAAGAAUUCUCGCUGAAAGUGAAUUAUCAUUAGUUGAUAAAAAGAAACCUAAACGAAUUUUCGAACGUGUACCUCGUCAUGACUAUAAUCCGGGUGAUCGUAAACGCGAACAACAAAUAUUAAAUGGAGAUUCCGAUGAUGAUGAUGAUGAUAAUAAUAACAACAAAAAAAAACGAUCAGCAUUAAAGAAACAUAUUAACAAAGAACUUCAACAGCCUAAAGAAUCUGUUAUACCAAAAAAAAGUCGUAAAAAUAAAUAUUAUCUUUUAAAUCAUCCAGAAUUAAAAGACACUAUACAAAUUGCGCCUAAACCAAAUAAACGUAAACAUGAAGAAGUCAAUGAGCAAGAAAAUGAACCAUCGCCGAAAAAACCCGCUCCAGAAGCGAAACCAUCAGUUUGUGAUAAACUUGUUUCUCAUAUGGUAACAUCACGUUUUCGUUAUCUAAACGAAAAACUUUAUACAACAACAAGUAAAGAAGCUCAAAAAAUGUUUGAACAAGAUCCUCAAUCUUUCUUUGCUUACCAUCAAGGUUAUGCCACAAGUAUGUCAAAAUGGCCUGAUCAACCUAUCGAUGAAAUCAUGGGUUAUGUUCGUAAACGUUCAGCAAAUCUUGUCAUUGUUGAUAUGGGUUGUGGUGAUGCACGUCUUGCUCGUACACUUAAAUCUACUCAUCCGAAUAUUCAUAGCUUUGAUUUAGUUGCAUUGAAUGAUCAUGUUCAAGUAUGUGAUAUAGCACAUACACCAUUGAAUAAUGAUUCUGUUGAUAUUGUAAUAUUUUGUUUAUCUUUAAUGGGUACAAAUUUAACUGAUUUUAUUCAUGAAGCUCAUCGUAUUCUUCGUUUACGCGGUACAAUGAAAAUCAUUGAAAUAGCGUCACGAUUCGAAAAUCAACCACAAAAAUUUAUACGCAAAAUUGAAUCGAUGGGUUUUCAAUGUUCAAAAACGAAUUCAUUAGAAGAGAAAAGUAAAUCAUCACCAUCACAAUAUUUCUAUGCAUUUGAUUUCGCCAAAACAUCAGCACAAAUCAAGUCGAAAUCAAUUCUAACACUUGCUCCAUGUUUACAUAAAAAACGUUAA